AUGAAGACCGCUUUCAUCGUUCUUGCUCUGGCUGUUGCCUCGCAAGCCAUGCGUGUCCCUCUAUGCUCAGCCAUCUGCAUGACCAAUGCCAUCGCCCUCACAGGAUGCUCUGCCAGUGACACAGCCUGUAUCUGCACAUCUGAGAGGUUCUUCCCUUCCGUGGCACAAUGUGCUGAGGACGACUGCAAUGCGGACAAGACAGUCAUCGACACUGCUGAAGGCUUCUGCGCAAACGCCGGCAUCCAUGUCGAGGUCAAGAGAUGGGGUGGUGGUGGUCCAAAAGAACACGGCUUCGGUGGUCCUCCUGGUCGCGGCCAUUGGGGAAAGGGCAAAUGGAAGGGCGGUCCUCCCGGAGGAAAAUGGGGCUUCAAAGGAUGGGGCGGUCCUCCUAAGAAAGGAGGCUGGAGCCCACCACACGGAGGCGGACGUCCUCAAUGGGGUGACUGGACCCCAACGGCUCCGGAACAACAUCAUCCCAGUCCUACUGUUAUCUGA